CAGAACAGUCAGUGAGCUGAUUAGUUUCUCUGUGGACACAUGUUUUUACUGCACUUUACUGAUGCUGAAUAUGUUGUGACUCUCAGAUGGCAGAUCUACACCCUCCAGCUGAGCUUCCACAGGGGGAGCAGACUUCCUGUGUUCCUCCGGAGAACAGUCCAGAGCUCCAGGAAACGGACCAGGGGGUCCAGCCCGCCCAGGAACAGAGCCCCGAUCCUGGGCUGGGGAGCCAGGGUGGUCCUGGGAGAGAGGAGGAGGAGGAGCAGGAAGAAGGAGCAGACAGAACUUCUAUCAAACCCAGGCCUCCUCAGAUUCACCUCCACAGAGAUGCGACCGGCCGAGGACACCGGCGAAUAGGAGGCCAGAAUCUGAGAGCCAUUAGUCACAUGACUUCUCCAGCUGCUCUCUCCCCGAUGGCCGGCACGUCGGUGUCUGGUAAAAGGACGGUGCUUCUGUCCAAUGAGGCCAGGACGGAGAUCGCCAAGCAGGUGAGAGCCCUGAAGGAGGAGAGGCGAGCGACUCUGGAUGCUCGACACAAAUACCUGAUCAGCCGGCUGGCAGACGCCGUGGCCCUGGGGGAGCUGGAGCUGGAGGACGUCCUCAUCUCUGAUGACAAAUUCAGCCUGAUUCAGGAUUUCUUUGCUGCAAACGGGUCAAAGAAGCUGAUUUUCUUCAGUCAGAACGUAAAGCAGAAUCUGUCCUCCAGCGUGAACUCCUCCUUUGUGGACAGCGUGAGCUCGGCUGUAACUCAGAGGAAACUCUUCCUCACUACAGGGAGCUCUGAGCCUUUACUGGGGAAAUGUCUGUUCUUCCUGAGAACCACUGACAAGGCCAUAACCUCCGCCAACAUUCAGCAGGAGGUCAACUUUGGCAUGUUGGACUGCAGUGAGGACAACAUCAUCAGCAGCCUGGAAACGCUGCUGAAUCACAUCAUGUUACCAGCUCUCAGGUCACAGCAGACGUGGGGCUCAGUGCAGGACGGUGCCUCCUGUCCACACGUCCAGUCCUUUUUGUCGUCACUGGACCAGUUUGUCAGUAAUCUGAGCUCAGUUAAAGUCAACCUGGAGAGGAGGUUCCAGCUGCAGCAGGUGGAGCUUCCGGACACCAUCGGUCAGCUGAGCAGCCCUGCAGACUAUACUGCUGCAGCCAAUAACAGCGAGCUGGUGGAGUGUCUGGAGGGCGUGGUCUGCGUUUGGACCAAUCAGAUCAAGCAGGUGCUGACGGAGAGCGAGCAGAUGAGGAAGGAGGCUGACGAUGUCGGGCCGUCAGCUGAGCUGGAGCACUGGAAGAGACGCAUGGUCACCUUCAACAGUCUGAUGGAGGAAGUGAAACAUCCUCAGGUGAAAAGGACUCUGGGAGUUCUGCAGGUGGCCAAGUCUCGGACUCUACGAACCUGGAGGGAGCUGGAUGGGGACAUCACGGUCGUGGCUAAUGAGGCCAAGGACAACGUGAAGUAUCUUUACACUCUGGACAAGUUCUUUGGACUGCUCGGGAAAUCCUCUCCGACCAGUAUGCUGGAGCACAUUCCCAGCCUGAUGACCAACAUCAGAAUGAUUCACACUGUGUCCCAGUACUACAACACGUCAGAGAGGAUGACGUCGCUGCUGCUCAAAGUCACCAACCAGAUGAUCGCCGCCUGCAGGAGCUACCUGUCGCAGGGUGUGACUCGGAUCUGGGACCACAGCAGGCCGGUGCUUCUGCAACGAAUCUCUGAGUGUUGUAACCUGAAUGUGGAAUAUCAGAGGAGCUUCCAGAGUGUCCGAGAUAAACUGAGACAAAACCCUGGAAACAGACAGUUUGACUUCAGUGAGAACUACAUCUUUGGGAAGUUUGAUGCUUUCUGCAGGCGCCUGGAGAAGGUUGCUGACAUGGCGUCUACACUGGAGAGCCUGGCCACUCUGCAGAACAUGAAGGUGGAAGGUGUUGAGAAGAUCUUUGCUCGCUAUCAGACCAUCGUCUCCAUGACAAAGUCCAAGACCUACGACAUCCUGGACCACCGCAAGCUGGAGUUUGACAGUGACUAUGCAGACUUCCGGCUCCAGGUUCAGGGUUUGUUUCAGUCUCUUCAGUCCCUGCUGGACUUCUGGUUCCAUCAGUCUCUCUCUGUGAGUUCAGGACAAUCAGAUCUAAAAACAGCUGUUAUUCUUCCGAUGUGCGUUCAACCUCGGCCGACAGCGACGCCUCCUUCAGAGCCGCUGUUUGUGUUUCAGACGGAGCGGAUGCUGGAGCUGCUGGCCGUGUUUGAGUUGGGUCCAACGGCUCGUCUGGACCUGAAGCAGUACUACAUGAUGCUGCUGCAGCGCUACAGCCGAGAACUGGAGCUGCUCAGGAAAACCUACCAGAAACAGAGGGACAGACCCCCCAUCGGACGCAACCUGCCGCCGGUUGCAGGUCGAGUCCUGUGGUGUCGUCAGCUUUUCAGAAAGAUUGAAGCUCCCAUGUUGACCCUGAAGAAGAAACUCGACAUUCUCAAGGGGCCAGACAUGACCAAAGUGAUCCGGAGCUACAACAAGAUAGCUGUGGUGUUGCUGCAGUACGAGGUGCUGCACCUGCAGGGGUGGAUUCAGGCUGCAGAGAGCGCACCGCACUGCCUGAAGACCAGCCUCCUGGUCCGACAUCACAACAGCAAGGAGGUCUUCGUGAACCUGGACCACGUGGUGCUGGAGGUCCUGCAGGAAGUCCGAUGGAUGACCAAGCUCGGGGUGACCGUGCCGAAGCUCGUCCUAAAGAUGGUCUCCAGAGAAGCUCAGCUCAAAGCUCUGAACAUCCGGCUCCUGGAUGUGCUGCAGGACUACGGCUCCGUGGUGGGGAGGAUCCCUCCUCUCCUCUUCCCUCUGAUGCAGCCCUUCAUCAGCCGUGUGGACGCCGCUCUCUGCCCUGGACUCACCACGCUGUCCUGGACGUCUCUCAACACUGACGGGUUCAUAGACGGUGUGUAUCUGGCCCUCAAAGAACUGGACCAUGUAGUAAAAGUUGCCUCGGACCUUCUGGACUGUCGCAUCGGUCGACUACUCCGGUCCAUGUCGUCCUGCUGUCUGCUGGUCCUGCCUGAAGACUCUCCUGUCUCACCGUCAGACCUCGUGCAGCAGACUGAAAGCUGCGUCCAGGCUGCUGCUGUCACUCUGAACUGGUGAUAAAACACACAGAUUACAAACAGACGGCAUGUUUCCAGACCAUGCAUCAGUGCAGCAGUUCAUUCAGAUGUCACCGUCCUCUCUGUGUGCAGGCAGAGUCAGCAGGUGGAAAAAUAUGUGUUGGAACUGAUUGAGGAGCUGAAGGGGAAGAUGAAGACGACGGAGACUGUUAACUUGGAGGUAACGCACUCAAUUGCACACAGACACACAAAAUCUUUCUUCUACUCUGCUUUUUGUCCUCUCUUCCUCAGGGAUCUUUCCAGUGUCUCCAUCCAGACUCCAAACAGAAAACCCGCUGUCUGUCUUGUCUUCCUUGUCAUUUCUACGCUCUGAUUGGUCAGCUCUGCCAACGCAGCACCGAAGCUCUGGUCAAAGCUACAAAGUCCUCGCUGGACACCCUCAGGAGACGACUUCAUGUCUCCAAACACCAGUCUCCGUUCUCCUCCUCAUCCACAUCCUCAUCCUCCUGCAGCAGCCAGUCGGCUCCUCCUCUCUUCAGAGCCUCCAUCCAGCUGUCCAUCCCCAACAUUGUACUCAGACCGA